UGUUAGCUUUCCAUAGCCACUCAUUUCUGAGAACCUGAAGCUGACCUUAGAGAAUUUGUUAGCACCUUUUCCUGUGCCCUUCUCUCCUGUGUCUUUAGAAUAGCGUCACCCUGCGUGUGUCUAAUAUAAAUAGAAGCGGGCUGCUGGAACACAGCCUAAGUGCUCAUUUCACAGGCGAGUCGUGUCUCACUCGAUGCUCCAUCGCUGUUUAUUAUACAGCAGUGUGUCGAGUCUCUCGGGAGAAUUAAGCAGUGAAUCAAAAAACAGGAAGAGGCCUGUCAUUACACGCAACGAUGACUCAAUGCUACUUUAAUGAAGGUGCCCAAUUAGAGCCAGGAAAGCAGAAGAACGUAGAGGACAGAAGUUCAUAAGUGCAGCAUUCAUGACACCAUACCGAAGGGUUCGGGACCAUGAGUGACCAAACCGAGGAUGUCGGUUUAUUAACACCGCAGGAUGAGCCCCCUAAGGAGGAGGACACACACAACGGUCCCCAAUUCAGGGUGCGUCUGUUGGACGAGCUGUCCUGCGAGGACGUCAAGAAGUGCACCAGAAGCUCGUGUUGUCAGCAUGCUGAAUUUGGUGCAGAGCUCCAGGCUGCUGAGAGAGAAAAGCAGGCUGCAGGGAAGCUGCAUUCACGAGCUCAUCUCUCUCCCUCCGGCCUCGUCCUCUUCCCAGAGCGUCAGCAAGUACAACUCGCAGUACCAUAAACUCUUCCACAACAUCCCCAAGGAGGAGAACGUCAUGAAGGUGUACUCCUGUGCUCUUCUGAGAGAUAUCCUGCUACAAGGCCGACUCUACAUCUCCCGAAACUGGCUGUGUUUCUAUGCAAACCUCUUUGGGAAGGACAUCAAGGUGUGCAUCCCUGUAGGGUCUGUACGGCUGGUUAAGAAACACAAGACAGCAGGUCUCGUUCCCAACGGCUUGGCCAUCACCACAGACAGCAGUCAGAAGUAUGUGUUUGUGUCUCUGCUGUCCAGAGACAGUGUGUAUGACGUACUGCGACAGAUCUGCACACACCUCCAGGUCAAUGGUAAGAAGAGCCUCAGCUUCAAGCAGUACAUGGAGCAGCCGACAUCUUUAUCUCUGGAUGAGUUCCCUGUCCCUGAUGAAUUCCCAGUGGCCGUGGGUGAGUUCACUCCAGUGCUGAAGUGGAGGAGGAAGCCGUCUGUGGCGUCCGUCUCAUCGUCUCUACCCGAUCUAUUGGGAAACUCUACCAGCAGCCUGAGUGCCAUAGACACGUCGUUUCAGCCCAGUGAACCUCUCCAGGAGAGAGCUCUAGCGUCUGAGAAGAUCCUCCUCACAGAGCCUGUACCAGAACUGGGCCAGAUGGAGUACCAGCUGCUGAAGUUCUUCAUCCUGCUAAUUAUCCUCCUCAUCCUGUCCUCGUGUUAUCUGGCGUUCCGUGUGUGUAGCCUGGAACAGCAGCUCUCGUUCCUCAGCAGUAAAGCAGCGCUGCCCCUGCAGGAGAGGUAGCUGAUGGUGAAAGAGCACUGACCUCACUGACCUGAGUGGAACCAUGGCAGGAAGACUCGCUGUUUUUCUCUGCUGCGGUAAAGCGAAGAUGCCGGCCAGCUUCGUCACUUGAUUUUUUCCCCAUAGAGAGACUAAACGAAGACAGGACGUGGCACCGCGGGUGUUUCGGUGCCACUGGAUGGAGGAGGAAGUGAACCGCAGGUCGUGUAAUGAGCACUUAGGAGCAAGUCCGUCCGAUGGAACAGAAACGGCUGUCGAAGGAACGACAGCGGGAGUAUUGAUCGUGUAUCCCAGACAUUUAGCUGGCUCUUAAUUUCUUAGAUGGAACAAGAUCUAAGAGGCCUUGACAUCUUCAAGCACCACGGCGUGUUUCCUCGCUCGACUACAGCCAUUAAAGAAUUUUACACAGAAAGAGUUAAAGGUCUAAACACACAAGUGUUUUAUAGUGUUAAAUACGAUCGAGCUACGUUCACACAAACAGUGACUUCAUCACCGCAAGUCUCCAGUCGCAGUACUGUGAAGUCUCCAGUAGGCGUUUCUACUCUACAGUUACUGGUUGCCAUAGUAAUAAUAUUUAUCACUGGGUGGAGUAAAGUGAUAAAUACUGUAGUGGGGGGCACGCUGGCUUAGUGGUUAGCACGUUCGCCUCACACCUCCAGCGUCGGGGGUUCGAUUCCCGCCUCCGCCUUGUGUGUGCGGAGUUUGCAUGUUGUCCCCGUGCCUCGGGGAUUUCCUCCGGGUACUCUG